AUGUCGACUUCCGCCAGCCCGUCUGCCGCGCCACAGUUGAGUACGCAGAGUAAAUUCGCGUCGGAUUGCUUCUUAUCAGAGCCUGUUCUCCAAACCCUAGCAGACUGCCGCCGCCGCCGCCACUCCAUCCACUCUGCCACCGCCGCUGCCGCCACCAUCCACUCACCACCGACACCGUUCGUGCGACGCCGCCACCGUCCACUCCGCCGCCGCCAUCGUCCUCUUCCGCCACCACCGCCAUCGUCCCCUUCCGCCACCACCAUCCACUCCUCCAAUAGCUCAUCUGCCGCCGCCGCGUCGUUCAGCACCGGCGGCGGCGGCCUACCCUCCCCGUUCCCCGACCUUGGCGCCCCCCUCUCCGCCACGAACACCUCCUUCCCGUCGCUCCAGCGCUCGCUCACCUCGGCCGCGGCGAACAAGAUGAAGAAGGCGCUCAGGCUGAGGUCGUUGGCGUCGUCCAAGGGUGGAAGCCCUAGGAGCGGCGGCUGCGGUGGGGCGAAGUCGGCGCCGCCGCGGUGGCCGGCGACCGUCGGGGAGUUGACGCGUGUGCAGAUGCGGAUUUCGGAGCCCGCCGCCACCUCAAGCCGCCGUCCCCGAGCCCGACACAUUGCUCAAGGACGAGCGGCUCGUGCAGCACCAGCCGACGCAGUACCCGACGUCGUAGAGCUGAGCGUCGCCAAGAACAAGUUCAAGGCCUUCGACCUCGGCGGCCACCAGAUCGCCCGCCUCUGUUCUAAUUCUACCGCUCUUUCUUUUUUUCCCCCUCUCCUGCUGCAGCUUUUGUGCUACUUGUUGAUGGAUUUAUGAUUUUAUUCCUUGAGGGACGGAUGGGGUGAUUUGGGUCGGAAGCAGCUCUUGUUUGAUUGGAACAAACUAGGGUUUAGGCAUGGGGGACGGAUGGGAUGAUUUGGGUCAGAAGCAGCUCUUGUUUGAUUGGAACAAACUAGGUUUAGGCAUGGGGGACGGAUGGGGUGAUUUGGGUCAGAAGCAGCUCUUGUUUGAUUGGAACAAACUAGGGUUUAGGCAUGGGGAGUAUUGGGGAUUAGACAUGCACCUGGGUUAAUGAAGAAUCGGGCAUCUUACUCGAAUCAUGGAAAUAAAUAAUCAGUGCUUUCAUUCAUUAUGGAUUGGUCGAUUCAGAUCUUGCAAAAUGAAUCAUCCGAUAGGGCAAUCGGAUAUGUUGCUGGUGUUA